AUGUCAGCGGUGGAGCGCAGUGCGGAGUCCGCGGCCCAAGGAGGGCGCACCGGGCGGAGGCGCGGCGAGGACUCCCUGCGGCUGCGGGCAGCUGCCGAGCCGGCACCAGCGCCGGCCUCGUCCUGCCCCCGCUUCCCCGCGCGAUCGCCUGCCCCCUGCAGACCGCGCCCAGGGGAAGGAUUUAAUGGUGGUACAUGUCUUUCCAUCCAUCUUCUUUUUUGGCUAGAAAUCAGAAUGAGAAGGACUGUCUUCAGUGGUGCUUUUAUCUUAUUCUGCCUCUUAGGUGGGGGGGAUCACCCAGUAACAAAACCAGAGGAGGGCAGCCAGUACCCAUCUGACAUGGAGAAAGGAGAGCCGAACACUGCCAAAUCUGAUUCUUCAGGAGAAGCCAGAUAUUCAGGUGUUGGAGGUGUGAUUUGUAGAUCAUGCAACCUCUCAAUCCCCUUCCAUGGAUGUCUUUUGGACUUUGGAACCUGCAGGACAAAACCUGGACAGUACUGUAUAAAAGAGGUCCAUAUUAAAGGUGGAAUUCAAUGGUAUUCAGUUCAAGGCUGCACAGAGAGCCAAGACGAGUGCUUCAAGAGAAUCGUGACAACUUAUGAAAUUCACUCUACACACUGCUGCCAUCGUCCUUUGUGCAAUUUCUGA